CUCGCGCAAUGCAUAUUUCAAUUUUCAAGCAAGCCUCGAUUUCAUCGAACAAAAAAAAAACAUAUAACCUGCUUUAUUUUCAUCUUCUGGAUUUCUCUCUCUCUCCACCCCCCGAGCUUUUAUCUCUCCGAAAUAUCUAAUCAAUGAGUGCUCUACCAAAUUCUUUGGUUCUAACAAAGAGUUCUUCAAUCCAUCUCCCAACUGGGGAUCAAUGUAUUAGAAGUGUGGGCUCCACCAACUUGUCAUGCAGUCCAUGUGCAGGAAAAGUACAAUUUCCCACUUCCAGAAGGGCACUUACAAUUCAAGCAGGGUAUAGGGACGGAGGCAGGCCCGGCAGCACUAGCAUCUUUGUCGGUGGGUUUGUUUUGGGAGGAUUGAUUGUUGGCACACUUGGUUGUGUGUAUGCACCUCAGAUCAGCAAGGCACUUGCCGGAGCUGACAAAAAGGAUUUAAUGAGGAAAUUGCCCAAAUUCAUAUAUGAUGAAGAGAAAGCUUUGGAGAGAACACGGAAAAUACUGGCUGAAAAGAUUGAACAGUUGAACUCUGCUAUAGAUGAUGUUUCUGCUCAGCUGCGACCUGAAGAUUCCCUGAACGGAGUGGCUGUGAACUCAGAUGAAGUUGAAACUGUCAUAUAA